AUGACAGAGGCAACCACUUCCAAAGCACUGAAUGCGAUCCGCGGCUGCAUUCGGAAAUCUGGCUUUAUGAUUAUUUGUCUGAGGCGUCGGGGUCGCAAGGGGACCUUCUUUAUCCAACCGGCACAUUCUCACAACAUAGCAACUAAGGUAACGGUGCGAUACAUUCUUCUCAGAACACCUGCUCGCUGUCCUGAUCUCGCUACACCUGCAAAAGACCGAACAGAUAGACAAGAGUUCCUUUUCGCAAAAAGGGCCAGGAUGCCAAGGAGUGAACGUGAUAAGAAAUUCUUGAAGGAAACAGCCAAAGACAUGAUAGCAGGCGACGAUGACGUAGAACUCGCACUGGAGGAAACAACUGGGGAAGAAGAUUUUAAGUACGAAAAGUCACCAAAUGUUUGUGGAGUUGUUGUCGAUAAGGGCAGCGGACGUGGGUAUGCGCAGAUAACUGGAGGAGGUAAAGAUCCUCGCAUUAUCUAUACAGGUCGCGGUGAAUCUGGCUGUGUCAAGGCCGAGAUAUUGGCGGGACAGACAUGUAUGCUAUACGGGCGAUCUACGGUUCUGUAUAUCCUUCCUCGUUCUACUUAG